GCAGGUACAUCGGGGCGCUGGGCGCGAGGGUGAUCUGCGACAACAUCCCCGGGCUGGUGAACAAGCAGCGGCAGCUGUGCCAGAGGUACCCCGACAUCAUGCAGUCGGUCGGGGAGGGAGCCAAGGAGUGGAUCCGGGAGUGCCAGCACCAAUUCCGGCACCACCGCUGGAACUGCAGCACCCUGGACCGGGACCACACCGUCUUCGGCCGGGUCAUGCUGCGAAGCAGCAGGGAGGCCGCCUUUGUCUACGCCAUCUCCUCGGCCGGGGUGGUCUAUGCCAUCACCCGGGCCUGCAGCCAGGGGGACCUCAAGGUGUGCAGCUGUGACCCGCUCAAGAGGGGCCGCUCCAAGGACGAGCGCGGGGAGUUCGACUGGGGCGGCUGCAGCGACAACAUCAACUACGGGAUCCGCUUCGCCAAAGCCUUCGUGGACGCCAAGGAGAAGAAGGUGAAGGAUGCCCGGGCGCUGAUGAACCUGCACAACAACCGCUGUGGGAGGAUGGCUGUGAAGCGUUUCCUGAAGCUGGAGUGCAAAUGCCACGGGGUCAGCGGCUCCUGCACACUAAGGACUUGUUGGCUGGCAAUGUCAGAUUUUCGAAAAACAGGGGAUUACCUAAGGAAGAAAUACAACGGGGCCAUCCAGGUGACGAUGAACCAGGACGGCACCGGCUUCACAGUGGCCAACAAGAACUUCAGGAAGCCCACGAAAACAGAUCUGGUGUAUUUUGAGAACUCACCUGAUUACUGCGUGAUGGACAAGUCAGCAGGCUCCCUGGGCACGGCGGGCCGCGUGUGCAACAAGCUGUCCCGCGGCACGGACGGGUGCGAGGUGAUGUGCUGCGGGCGCGGCUACGACACCACGCGCGUCACCCGCGUCACCAAGUGCGAGUGCAAGUUCCACUGGUGCUGCGCUGUGCGCUGCAAGGAGUGCGAGGACACUGUGGACGUGCACACCUGUAAGGCCCCCAAACGGGCCGAGUGGCUGGACCAGACCUGAGGAGACGGGCGGGAGCACCCCGGGGGGAAGAGUCCGCUGCCACCCACCCUCGCGAUUUUUUUUUUGUUUAAACCCCUGUGCCCCGAGGGCCGUGACGUUCUGGGAGCUGUAGUUCGACUGCAUGGCUUUUAUUUAAUGAAUUCCGCGAAGCACUAAGGGAAGGACUGCGUUUCCCAGGAGGUACUGUGGGCCCUUCUGUUUGCUCAGCAAAACUAAUCCCCGACCAGGGAGGAGGCUGCAAUCCUUGCUUAAGACUGUGAACCUGCAGAGGUUCUCUUUGCAGAGGGACGGGUGUGACCGAUACGGGCUCGGAGGGCCGACAGUCGGGAUGCGAUGGCUGAGGAAUCCUGCGCCUCCCCAGAGAAUCUACGUUGCAGUAAAGCUUCACCAGCAAAAAAAACCCCACUAGUUCAGAAUAAUCCACUCUUGCAAAAGCAUUCUUGCUUUUCCUUUUUUUUUUUUUUUUGCAAGGCCAGAGGAAGGGUGUUGAGAAUCCACGAGACAGUUCUGUGAUCCCCGCGUUUCCCUCGAGCAGACCCGGCACGCCACUGACCCCACUGAGCAAGAGCCACCUCUGCACGAGGCUUGUCCCCUUGUCCCCAGCACAGGGGACAAGUGGAGCUGUAAAUUGGAACUGAACCUUGGAGGACUGCACAGGGACAAGGGCCACCCCUAAAUGCUGGCGGGCACAGAGGGCUUGAGAGAGCAAAUGAAACCUGUGAACUUACUGGUAGGUUCUGAAGUCAACGAUACAACAGCAUCUCUGUAAAACUCACGUGUAUGUUGUGUAUACUGCUUAUUAUUUUAAGUCAAAAAUUCAUUAUAAACCUAUAUCAGAAAAA